GAUAAUUUAAUCAAAGUUAAUAAAUAAUGAUGAAAUUCUCUGAUUGGUUGAAUUUAUAUAGGUCACGUGAUAACUAAAAAUCGAAACAUUAAAUAAAAAAAUUGAUUGGUGGAUAGACAGACAGGUAGCUUACUUCACUAGAUUACACAUACAGUUUUGAUAAUAAUAAUUAUAAUAAUAUUACAAUGAAAAGAAUUGAUAAACGAUGUUAUCAUGAAACAACACGUAUUACAAUCAGAAGAUUAUUUAUAUACUACUAUUGCCAAUAUAAUAACAGUAAUAAUAAUAUUAAUAUUAAUAACAGUAGCCGUAGUAGUAGUAGUAAUAAUAGUAGAGAAGACGAAUGUAAAAAAAAGUGCCCAAGAAGUAGGUAAAAUUGAGCAUUAUUACUAUUACAAUCUCUUUUCGAAAUCCCCUUGUCAUAUUUGUACCAGUCAAAAUGAUGUUUACAAAAAAUCUACACCAAAGUAUACCCCGCUUACUGUCAAUAUUUUGUCCAAUGAUGAUCGAAUAAAUUCAGUCAGUUGUCAGUUGAGUGAAUCACAUCCAAAUAUGAAUAAACAAUUUCAAGGUAAACACCAAUAUCAGUUAAACUUUCAAAUAACCACUAAUAAUAAUAAUAAUAAUAAUAAUACGGGUAAAUUAGAUUCCCUACCAUCUUCAGAUUUAGUCAGUGUAACUGAUCAACAAUUUAAUGAUUCCGUUUUAUCCUUAUCACCAUCGCCUAAAUUCUCUGAUAUGAUAAACUCGGGUGAUAAUAAAAGCCAUUUAAACGACACCAACAACAAUGGUUAUCCAGUGAAGAAUUUCACGAAUAAAUUAGAAUUAAUUCAAAGCCUUAAAACUGAAAUCUCUCGUUUAAAACAAGCAAAUUUACAUUUAGCUAUAGAAAUUGAUCACCUUGACUAUGAAUCAAAAACCCUACACUAUCAUUUAAACAAUCAAGGUGAAAAGAAUCAUCAUUUAAUUAAAGAGAAUAUGGAGUAUAUUUUACGCGUGACAGAAAAUCAAAGUUUACAACAAACUGUCAGCAAAAUGAAACAACAAUUAAAUGAAUUAUUGCAUAGAAUUAAUACUUUACGCUAUGAAAGACGUGAAUUCCGUGCAGAAUGUGUACGCAGUGAAUACGAAACUCGUCAACUGGUUGAUGAAAUUUCUCGACUAGAAUUAAGUCGUAAUAAAAAUCUUGAACAACUGGAAUAUUUACGUGGUAAAAUAGAACAAAUGGAAGUAUUUCAUGAAGAUAUGAUAAAACAUAAACACUGGAUUAAAACAUGGCAAGAGAUAUCAGGUAUCAUGAAAGUGAUUGUACGAAUUAAGUCGUCAAUGGGAGAAUAUCAAACCGCUGAUUCAUUCUCGAAAUUCCCUGUUGAAACUGGUUGCCUGGUGAUUACUAAUCAUGAUAAACUAAAUAUUUAUGCAAAUCGCAGGCAUAAAGCCUCAUCAACUGAAAUGUGUACAUUUGAAUUUAAUAAGAUUCUUCUACCGAAUACAUCUCAGUGUGAAGUAUACUUUACUGUGUCAAGUCAAAUUCAUCGUCUAUUAGAUGGAUAUAAUGUGACGCUAUUAUGCUAUGGAGUUUGUGCUAGCGGUAAAACGCAUACAUGCUGUGGUACACCUAAUGAUCCUGGAAUAGCUUCAUUAGCUGUGAGUGAAUUAAUCACAUUGGCCAAAAAUAGAAGUAUGCACAAUAUACGUAUUUAUGCCUCAUUUAUAGAAAUCUAUAAUGAACACACUUAUUGUAUGCUAUCGAAACAACCAAUCAACUUAAAAGAUACUGGUGAUAUAAUUCACAUAGAAGGACAAAUUGAACAAUACAUUAAAAGUGCGCAUGAUUUUAAUACACUAUUAUUUCAAAUCAUUUCAGAACGAAAGAAAUCACUGAUACAAUCAUCAAAUUAUUAUAGUUCACGAUCACAUUUUUUUAUAUUUAUCAAACUUGUCUUAGAGAAAUGCGAAAAUCAAAUAACUUCAGAAUAUUUAAGUACUUUAAUUAUAGGUGAUUUAGCAAACUAUACACUUGCAAAUCGUAAAAUUCCCUCCUCUGGCAAUAAUAAUUACAACAAUAAUACUUUAAUUAAACAAGAAAAUUAUCAUAUUCAAAAAUCAGUUGUAAUGUUAACAAAUAUUUUACAUGGAUUACGUAAACAAAAUGCAUUCAGCGUGUACCGUGGUUCAAAAUUAACAGAGUUAUUAAAGCCUUGUUUUAAUGGUGAUUCAUAUUUGACCUUGAUUUUAAAUAUCACUGAUAAUCCAUCUGAGGCAUACUUUACAAAUGCUAUUUUAGAAGUUGGUAAAUCACUAAUGUGUGCUAAUUUAAGCCGACCAAUAAAGCAUAAUAAAGCUAUUUAAAGUUUUAAAAAUAAAGUGGUUUGAUUAUCGCACCAUAAAUGAUGUCAUUGAUGAGAAAUAUUCAUUUUGUAAAUAAUAUUAGUAAUCUGGUGAGGAAUUUGUAUAUUUGUACUUUAAGAAAAACAUACAUACACACACACACACUUGAAAUCUCGAAGGUUGAAACGAAUGAAUUAUAAAUAUAUGUGAAUUACUCUAUUUCAAAUAAAACUGAGAACAUUUUAAAUUACAUUUUGACUACUGAAAAAUGUUGUAAGUAGUCUCGU